AUGGAUCGCUGGGUGACGGCAGCAAGUUCGCUUCUGGCGAUCCUGCUGUACUACAACACGUUAGACGCUGGUUUCGUUUAUGACGACAGGCGGGCGAUACUCUCCAACCCAGAUGUCAUAGGGCACACGCCGAUAAAAUCUUUAUUUGAAAAUGAUUUUUGGGGGACACCUCUCACCGAUCCCGGUUCGCACGGCUCAUAUAGACCCUUGUGUGUCGCUACAUAUCGCCUGAAUUACAUCUUAAGUGGAUUCAAGCCGUGGAGUUAUCAUUUUUUUAAUAUCUUGCUUCAUUCGAUAGCUACAGUGCUAGUAGUAACGACUGCACGGAGACUAUUACCUCCGAAUUGUAUGAGAGUCGGGACUGCGGUUGCCGGUUUGAGUUUCGCAGCUCAUCCCAUACACACAGAAGCUGUGGCUGGUGUGGUCGGAAGAGCCGAUUUGGCCGCUUGCAAUUUAUUUCUUCUCAGUUUUUUACUCUACACUGAACAUGUACGUCUUCGAAUCGAAAGUCAGAAAGGAAAAUAUAGACAUAAUAUUCAGAAUAACUUAGUGCGUCACCAAUUGACAAACAGUCAUCAAAACUUUCGACUGAGCUGUCACGGACUAGUGCAACAAAUUAUGAUAAACGUUCGAAGACUACUGAAAGCAAGUAAAGCAGGACCUUUGAGAAUGCUGAACGCUUGUGAAGUAGGAACUGGAUCAGUGAAAAUUAAUAAGUGCCAGUGCAACGGUAGUGUUAGUGAAGAUUCAGGUGAACUAUUACAAUGGUGUACUUUAGCAGGGACGCUCAUAUUUGCUGCUGCGGCUACUUUAUGUAAAGAGCCUGCUAUUAUGAUAGUUCCACUCUGCAUAUUAUAUGACUAUUUGAAAGACGUUCGACAGGAGGAUUCUUAUUCAAAGCAUCGAUGGAGGAGUAUCUGCGCGUUAAGCACGGGAGGAUUCGCACUUCUUUACUGGCGUUUGCGACUCACGGGCGCGCCCUCCGCCUUUGCCUCAGCAGAUAAUCCUACAUCGAGGGACCCAUCUAUAUUCACCAGAUUUUAUACUUUUACCUACCUCCCAGUUUUUAACUUCUUCCUUUUAAUCUAUCCCUUCCAACUGAGCUUCGACUGGUCCAUGGAUUCUAUACCUCGAAUAACUACUUUAUUUGACAUAAGAAAUCUGUACUCGUUAGUUUUUUAUGCAAUUAUAUCAAAAGUAACGUGGAAGGCAUUAUCGCACGAGUUGAGAAUACAAAAAGAAAUAAAAGAAAAAUAUUAUAAGAAACAAAAUAAUAAAAUUAAACAAAAAUGGAGCUACAAUAGUAAGCCCUACAAUAGGAGACAGGACUGCAGUGAAAGAAAAAGUAUCAUACCACAUAAAGAAAACGCAUCGUCCAAGAGAUUUAUAUGUCCGUGCAAUGGUUGUAAGCACGCAUUAACAGAAGACCACACAAAUGUGUGCCGUGCUGUUAACAAUAAUAAUACUAUGAUGCAUCACUCGACCUGUGUGUGUCCAUUAGCCCAUGGGAAAUACAAACCGCAUAAUACAACAAAGUACGUGUACCGUAGUCCUCAAGUUGCGAUGUUAUUAUUCACGGCGUUUAUGGUGCUACCGUUCGUGCCAGCCAGUAAUAUUCUCUUUUACGUCGGCUUCGUAGUCGCAGAGCGAGUGCUGUAUAUACCCAGUGUCGGUUUUUGUUUCUUGCUCGGAUUGGGAGCGGGAACAUUGAUGAGGAAUUGGCGCCGUUAUGAGAGGCGCAGCCGUAUAUUUAUGAUAGUGUUAUUGAUAACAUUACUUGUUAUGAGCGGCGCAACCUUACGAAGAAAUUUAGAUUGGCGUGACGAAGAAAGUCUUUUUAGAAGUGCUCUACACAUAAACCCUCCAAAAGCUUAUGGAAACUUGGGCAGUGUUUUGACAACACAAGGGAGACUCAGUGAAGCAGAAGUAGCAUUCGAGAAAGCGCUAAAAUAUCGACCGAACAUGGCCGAUGUACACUACAAUCUGGGAAUUUUACAUCAAAACCAAAGGCGGUUCGGAGAAGCUAUCAAAAGUUUUGAAAGGGCAAUUUAUUUUCGACCUUCCAUGGCUUUGGCAUAUGUAAAUCUUGGAACGUCAUUAAUGGCGGAUGGGCGACUGGCGGAAGCAGCGAGCGCGCUGAGAGCUGGCGCCCGGGCUGAGGGUGUGCGCGUUAGGGACAGACGCGAACACGAGGCUGCACGCGUGUCUGCGCUAGUACAACUAGCGUCCCUACACACACAGAGAGGGCACUGGCACAAAGCGCUCUCGGCUUACAAGGACGCGCUGCAAAUAUUACCCGAUACGAACGCGCCAAUUGUCGGCUGGACGCGACACAGUGUGCUGUCGAUGGCGACUGAAAUAUACAUUCAACUGCAUCAAUGGCCGCAGGCUGAACAUAGCAUUUUAUCCGCGUUGGCUCUGGCUCCGAAUCAUGUGGGAACACACAUCACUCUCGCACAAAUACUCGCUAGAAAUGAAAGUAGAAGUAUGGAGGCAGAACUUUGGUUUAAAAAAGCUGUCUCUUUAGCGCCUGAAGAUCCCCUAGUUCGGGACAAAUUCGGUAUGUUUUUGAGAUCACAACGACGGCUUCGUGAGUCCGCAGAGCAGUUAGUAGAAGCAGCGCGACUGACGCCGACGGACAGCGUACGCGCUGCGUCAGCCGCGCGCGCCCUUAGGGAUGCGCGACGUUGCCGCUCCGCUGAGCGUUGGUAUGCGCGCGCUGUAGAAUUAAGUCCUGAGAAUGCAGAAUAUCACUCUAAUCUCGGAGCAAUUUUGCAUCUUAAUGGAAAAUAUGUGGCAGCCGCUGCUUCAUAUCGUCGGGCUUUGCAGUUGAAGCCUAAUGACGAAAUCACAAUUACAAAUUUGAAGCGAGUACGAACACUCAUGAGCAAUCAACGAAAAACGUCAUUAUAA